CGGACCCCGCAUCCGCCCGCUGUCCCUGGCUCCCCAUCCCGCCAGGGCGGCGCGUCCCUGCCGGUGGCCCCGGCUCGAAAGCGAAAGUGAAAACAGCUCGAGCCACACCGGGACAGCGACAGCGGCCGGGAAUCGCCACGGAGCUGCCGCCGGAGCCCGGAGCUGGCCCCGGGCCGCUCCCAUGGCGGGGCCGCUGCUCUGCGCUACCAUCGCUCUCCUGCUGCUCCGCGCCGCCGCCGACACCGCUCACUGCAGCCCCCCCAAGGCCGUGGCCAACGCCCACAUCGACGCCGGGAACCGCACGGAGCUCAACUCCCGCCUGCGCUACUCCUGCAACCCCGGCUACAAGCGCAGAGCCGGCACCUCCAGCCUCAUCCAGUGCGUGCUCUGGAACGGCUCCGAGCCCCGCUGGACCCAGCCCACCCUCCAGUGCAUCCGAGAUCCGGCUCUUUCCUGGGAAACCCCCGGCCCGGAGCUGCCACACACGGAGAGCACGACCCAGAGGGCAGGUGCCAGCCCCAAUUCCAGCCCCUCUCCAGCUUCCAGCCAGCCACCUGUGCCAGCAGCACCUGAUGUGUCCCCAGACACAGCCAGGCCACCAGAGAUGGUCCCAACCCCAGACACGUCCUGGCUGGGAGAGGGGACGCCCCCGCCGCCCAUCCCCCCCACGGAUCAUGCUGCAGUUUCCAUCCAGGCCAUGGCUUCUUCCAUUGGACUCCUGGUGCUGCUGGCCACUGGAAUUACAGCUGCCUGCUGCUGGAGGAGGAGGUGCAGCAGGCAGGGCUACAUGGUGACAGAGACAGACAUUCCCAUGGGGGCUCUUCCCUCUGGGAAUGAGGAGGUGGCUCCUGCUGUCAUUGUCCCCACGGGCUGAGCACCCACCCUGGGGCCACCUGGGGCACCCACCAUCCCCAGGGAUGCUGGAGAUGGAAUUCUGGAUGCUCCCCUGAGCACAGGGAGCAGCCAGGGAGGUGGGGCUGCUCUUCCCAGCCUGAACACGGAUGAUUCCCAGGGAUGAUCCCAAAGGCACUGAGCCAGAGGUGCUGGGACCCUCCCAGGCUCACACACAGCUCAGGGAUCCUUUGGAAGCACUUCCAGCACUGAUCCCAGCUC